GCAGAAAAGCAAACCCCAAAAAAAAAACAAAGAAAAGGGAGAGAGAGAGAGAGGAGUGAAUACUCUUUGUUGUGGCUUAGGGUUUCUUCUUCGUUUCGAUCGGUACAUUCACAUUUCACAGGACAUGGAUUCUACUAACGGUAAUGGAACUGAGGUUGAAUCAGCAAACGGGAGCGGGGUUGCUGAUGCAUUGCCCCCUCCUCCACCAAUCAUACCUCCCAAUGUUGAGCCAGUACGAGUAAAAACCGAAUCUGUUGAGAAAAAAAACCUGAGAGUCCCUAUUGCUCGGGCUGGGUUUGGAUCCAAGGGCCAAAAGAUACCACUGUUGACAAAUCAUUUCAAAGUCAACGUUGCUAAUCUUCAAGGACAUUUCUACCACUACAGUGUGGCUCUAUUUUAUGAUGAUGGUCGUCCUGUUGAGCAAAAGGGCGUUGGAAGAAAAGUUCUGGACAAGGUUCACGAGACAUACCACUCUGAUCUAGAUGGCAAAGAGUUUGCCUAUGAUGGAGAAAAGACACUCUUCACUUUUGGAGCGUUGCCUAGUAACAAGAUGGACUUUGCUGUGGUGCUUGAGGAAGUAUCUUCAGCCAGGACUAACGGAAACGCAAGUCCCAAUGGGAACGAAGAGCGAAGUGAUGGUGAUAGAAAAAGACUGCGCCGGCCUAACCGUUCCAAAAACUUUAGAGUGGAGAUCAGCUAUGCGGCCAAGAUUCCUCUUCAAGCUCUUGCGAAUGCUAUGCGUGGUCAGGAAUCAGAGAUGUCCCAGGAAGCAAUAAGAGUUUUAGAUAUCAUCUUACGUCAACAUGCUGCUAGACAAGGCUGCCUUCUUGUGCGACAGUCAUUCUUCCACAAUGACCCGAGCAACUGUGAGCCUGUUGGUGGUAACAUCCUGGGGUGUAGAGGAUUCCAUUCAAGUUUCCGAACAACACAGGGUGGCAUGUCCCUUAACAUGGAUGUUACAACCACAAUGAUAAUCAAGCCUGGUCCGGUUGUUGACUUUGUCAUUGCUAACCAAGGUGCAAAGGAUCCGUUUAGUUGUGACUGGUCUAAGGCAAAAAGGACUCUGAAGAACCUGAGGAUUAAAGUCAGCCCCUCAAACCAGGAGUACAGGAUCACUGGCAUGAGUGACAAGCUUUGCAAGGAUCAGAUGUUUGAAUAUAGGCCAAGGAAUGCAACAAAGAAUGAAAAUGGUGAGUACGAAACUGUUGAAAUAACAGUAGCUGAGUACUUCAGAAAUGAAAAGAAUCUGGAGCUGCAAUAUUCUGCGAAUCUACCGUGCAUCAAUGUUGGGAAGCCAAAGAAACCAACUUAUAUUCCUCUUGAGCUCUGCUCUCUGAUUCCCCUUCAGAGGUACACAAAAGCACUGAACACAUUCCAAAGAUCUGCCCUUGUUGAGAAAUCUAGACAGAAGCCCCAAGAGAGGAUGAAUGUUCUGUCUAAGGCCCUGAAAGUGAGCAACUAUGACACUGAACCCCUCCUGCGUUCCUGUGGCAUUUCUAUCAGCUCUAAUUUUACUCAGGUGGAAGGUCGUGUUCUGCCAGCUCCCAAGCUGAAAAUGGGAUGCGGAGAUGAACUGUUUCCGCGAAACGGUCGCUGGAAUUUCAACAACAAGCAAUUUUUUGAGCCAACCAAGAUUGAAAAAUGGGCUGUUGCAAAUUUUUCUGCGCGCUGUAAUGUACGUCAACUUGUUGAUGAUUUGAUCCGAAUUGGAGGAUCUAAAGGAAUUAAAAUCGAUAUUCCCUUUGAUGUGUUUGAGGAGAAUCAUACUCUUCGCCGUGCUCCUGCCCUUGUUCGUGUGGAGAAGAUGUUUGAGGAAAUCCAAUCUAAACUCCCAGGUGCUCCACAGUUCCUAUUAUGUCUGCUCCCCGAGAGGAAGAACUGCGACAUAUAUGGCCCUUGGAAGAGAAAAAACCUCACUGAAUACGGCAUUGUUACUCAAUGCAUGGCUCCAACGCGACAACCUAAUGAUCAAUAUCUUACAAACUGUCUUCUGAAGAUCAAUGCCAAGCUUGGAGGCCUGAACUCAGUGUUAAGCGUUGAGCGUACACCUGCCUUCACAGUCAUUUCCAAGGUUCCAACCAUAAUCCUUGGGAUGGAUGUUUCUCACGGAUCUCCAGGACAGUCUGAUGUCCCGUCCAUUGCUGCUGUGGUGAGUUCUAGACAGUGGCCUCUAAUCUCUAAAUACAGAGCAUCUGUUCGCACACAGCCUUCAAAGGCUGAGAUGAUUGAGUCCCUUUUCAAGAAAAAUGGAACCGAAGAUGAUGGCAUAAUCAAGGAGUUGCUGGUAGAUUUCUACACGAGCUCGGGUAAGAGAAAGCCAGAGCAUAUCAUAAUUUUCAGGGAUGGUGUUAGUGAAUCUCAGUUCAAUCAGGUUCUAAACAUUGAACUCGACCAGAUAAUGGAGGCUUGCAAGCUCUUGGAUGAGAAUUGGGACCCAAAGUUCCUUGUGUUGGUGGCUCAAAAGAAUCACCACACCAAGUUUUUCCAGACUAGCUCUCCUGACAACGUUCCUCCAGGGACGAUAAUCGAUAACAAGAUCUGUCACCCUAAUAACUACGAUUUCUAUCUCUGUGCACACGCCGGAAUGAUUGGAACAACUCGUCCUACACAUUACCAUGUCCUGUUUGAUGACAUCCAUUUUUCACCUGAUGAACUUCAAGAACUUGUCCACUCUCUCUCCUACGUGUACCAAAGAAGCACCACUGCCAUUUCUGUUGUUGCGCCGAUCUGCUAUGCUCACUUGGCCGCUGCUCAGCUAGGAACGUUCAUGAAGUUUGAAGAUCAAUCUGAGACGUCAUCAAGCCACGGUGGUGUGACAGCUCCAGGACCAAUUUCUGUGGCGCAGCUCCCGAGACUCAAAGACAACGUCGCCAAUUCCAUGUUCUUCUGUUAGAUGGAAGAAAAGCAGCUUUAGAAUGUGCAGUCUGUUUUUCCCAACUUGGCUCUAAGUAAGUAGUAGCGAUCGGCUUUUCUGACUUUCAUAUUAGGAUCUCUCUCGGUUUUGAAGCAGUUUAAGGCAACAAAACUAUAUAGGCUUGGUAUGUUUUUCUGUGACUAUUUUCGACAGCCUUUGCUGUCUGUGGGGUUUGAAUAUGUUUUUGCCCCUUGACUCUGUCAAUGGUUGUGUCUAAAAAAAGACUUAUUUUAUUGAA